UGAAGAAAUAUACUCCGGCGGCAUGGACGAGCUGCAGCAGUUGGAGUAUCUGUCGCUGGUCUCGAAGAUCUGCACAGAGCUCGACAACCAUCUGGGCAUAAAUGAUAAGGACCUGGCCGAGUUCAUCAUCGACUUGGAAAACAAGAAUCGGUCGUACGACUCCUUUCGCAAGGCUCUGCUGGAUAAUGGAGCUGAGUUUCCCGAUUCCCUGAUUCAAAAUCUUCAGCGCAUCAUUAACCUGAUGCGCCCCGGUAGAACUGGUGGCUCCAGCGAUGAGAUUAGCGGUGCCAACGGUUCGGAUGAUAAAAAGUCUAAGCUCGAGAAGCUCUUUCCAGGCUUGGCUUUGCCCAAUGAUAAGUACAGCAAACAGAAAGAAAGCGACGAGGAGGAGGAGGACGAGAAGGACGAAAAGAAGGAAAAAAAGCAAUUGCAAACGAACCUCAACAAAACCGACAUGAGCGACGUGGACGCUGCUAUGUUAGAGCUCGAAGCCCUGGCUCCUGGAGAACCAAAAGCCGAGGUGCAACCUUCAAAGGAAUCCAGCUCCAAGGAUCGUCACAAGCGCAGAGAACGUAGCCGAAGUAGGGGAAGAGACAGGGAUGUCCGCAAACGUAGCAGAUCCCGUGAAGAUCGGGAUCGGGAUCGAUAUCGAGACAGAGAUCGCCGGAGAAGCAGGUCCCGAGACAAGGAUAGAGACCGCAGACGACGUAGCAGAUCCCGUGAUAACCGUCGGCGCAGCAGGUCCCGUGAAGAUCGCGACCGACGGCGUCGUAGAUCUAGCUCUAGGGAUCGCCAUGAGCGCCGUAGACGCAGUCGCUCCCGGUCCGGCGACCGCAGGGACAAACGAGAUCGAGAUCGUACCGAAAAAAUGCCACCGCCAGCUGCCGCAAUGACCGAUGAUCCUGAAGCGGGUAAGAUCUACUCUGGAAAAGUGGCAAACAUCGUUCCAUUUGGGUGUUUUGUUCAACUAUUUGGAGUGAGGAAACGCUGGGAAGGAUUAGUACAUAUAUCUCAACUAAGAGCCGAGGGAAGGGUCACCGACGUCACCGAAGUAGUGAAUCGGAAUCAAUCCGUAAAGGUGAAAGUGAUGUCCAUUACAGGACAAAAGGUAUCGCUAUCCAUGAAGGAAGUGGAUCAGGAUAGUGGACGGGAUCUCAAUCCUCUAUCACAUGUUUCCGAAGAGGACUCCCUAAGAGAUCGCAAUCCCGAUGGGCCGUUCAGCAGCAGCACUUCACAACUGAAUCUUCAGGGCGGUGUCGUGGAUGGCGACGAACACGACUCCAGAAAGCGUGUCACCAGGAUUUCCAGUCCCGAGCGUUGGGAGAUUAAGCAGAUGAUCAGUUCCGGUGUGUUGGACAGAAGUGAAAUGCCGGACUUUGACGAAGAAACUGGACUGCUGCCGAAGGAUGAAGACGAUGAAGCGGACAUCGAAAUAGAAAUUGUUGAGGAGGAGCCGCCAUUCCUCUCCGGGCAUGGAAGAGCCCUACAUGAUCUGUCACCCGUGAGGAUUGUCAAGAAUCCAGAUGGUUCCCUGGCCCAGGCAGCUAUGAUGCAGUCGGCUCUAUCAAAAGAGCGUCGGGAGCAGAAGAUGCUCCAGCGUGAACAAGAGAUGGAAGCACUGCCCACGAGUCUGAACAAGAACUGGAUCGAUCCCCUGCCGGAGGAGGACAGCUCUCGCAGCCUGGCGGCCAAUAUGCGAGGAAUGGGAGCCGCCCCGGCGGAGGUGCCGGAAUGGAAAAAGCACGUAAUCGGCGGCAAGAAGUCCUCCUUCGGCAAAAAGACCGAUCUGACCCUGAUAGAGCAGCGGCAAUCCCUGCCCAUUUACAAGCUGCGAGAUGAUCUGAUCAAGGCUGUUACCGAUAACCAGAUACUCAUUGUCAUUGGAGAAACGGGUUCCGGAAAGACGACGCAAAUCACCCAGUAUCUGGGGGAGUGUGGAUUCACGGCUAGAGGGAAGAUUGGCUGCACCCAGCCGAGAAGAGUAGCUGCCAUGUCGGUGGCCAAGCGUGUGGCCGAGGAGUACGGUUGUCGGUUGGGCCAGGAAGUGGGCUACACCAUUCGUUUUGAAGAUUGUACCAGCCCGGAAACGAUGAUAAAGUACAUGACAGACGGUAUGUUGCUCCGCGAAUGCCUCAUGGAGGCCGAGCUCAAGAGUUACUCUGUGAUUAUGUUGGACGAGGCCCACGAGCGUACCAUCCACACGGACGUACUUUUUGGAUUGCUGAAGACAGCCGUACAAAAGAGGCCGGAACUGAAAUUGAUCGUCACUUCGGCCACUUUGGAUGCCGUGAAGUUUUCCCAGUACUUCUUCAAGGCACCCAUUUUCACGAUUCCCGGUAGGACCUUCCCCGUAGAGGUCCUGUAUACGAAGGAGCCGGAGACAGACUAUUUGGACGCCUCACUCAUCACAGUGAUGCAAAUUCACUUGCGAGAGCCACCCGGCGACAUUCUACUGUUCUUAACCGGUCAGGAGGAGAUCGACACUGCCUGCGAGAUCCUGUACGAGCGGAUGAAGAGCUUAGGACCCGAUGUUCCUGAGCUGAUCAUUCUACCUGUUUAUUCGGCCCUGCCCUCCGAGAUGCAGACUCGCAUUUUCGACCCUGCGCCCGCUGGAAGUCGAAAGGUGGUCAUUGCCACCAACAUAGCUGAGACUUCCUUGACCAUUGAUGGCAUAUUCUACGUGGUGGAUCCUGGAUUUGUCAAGCAAAAGGUGUACAAUUCCAAGACUGGCAUGGACUCCCUGGUGGUUACUCCGAUUUCGCAGGCAGCAGCCAAACAACGAGCAGGAAGAGCUGGGCGAACCGGUCCUGGCAAGUGCUACAGACUGUACACGGAGCGAGCUUAUCGGGAUGAGAUGCUGCCAACCCCUGUGCCCGAGAUCCAGCGUACUAAUUUAGCCACCACGGUGCUGCAGCUGAAGACCAUGGGGAUUAACGAUUUGCUUCACUUUGAUUUCAUGGACGCGCCACCAGUGGAGUCUCUGGUAAUGGCGCUGGAGCAGCUGCACUCACUUUCGGCGCUAGAUGACGAAGGACUUCUGACCCGAUUGGGCAGGCGAAUGGCAGAGUUCCCCCUGGAACCCAACCUCUCCAAGAUGCUGAUCAUGUCCGUGGCCCUGCAGUGCUCGGACGAGAUCCUAACCAUCGUUUCGAUGCUGAGUGUUCAAAAUGUGUUCUACAGACCGAAGGAUAAGCAAGCUCUGGCGGAUCAGAAGAAGGCAAAAUUCAAUCAGGCGGAAGGUGACCAUCUAACCUUGCUUGCCGUUUACAACAGCUGGAAGAACAAUAAAUUCUCGAAUGCCUGGUGCUACGAGAACUUUGUACAGAUCCGAACCCUAAAGCGCAGUCAGGACGUAAGGAAACAACUUCUCGGAAUAAUGGACAGACAUAAGUUGGACGUAGUCUCCGCUGGAAAGAAUUCUGUGCGGAUUCAGAAGGCCAUUUGCUCUGGUUUCUUCCGCAAUGCGGCCAAGAAAGAUCCACAGGAGGGCUAUCGCACCCUGGUCGAUUCCCAGAUUGUGUACAUCCAUCCAUCGAGCGCUCUCUUCAAUCGCCAGCCGGAGUGGGUCAUCUACCACGAGCUGGUACAGACAACAAAGGAAUACAUGCGAGAGGUGACCACCAUUGAUCCCAAGUGGUUGGUAGAGUUUGCACCCUCCUUCUUCCGAUUCUCUGACCCCACAAAGUUGAGCAAGUUCAAGAAGAACCAGCGCUUGGAACCGCUGUACAACAAGUACGAGGAGCCCAAUGCCUGGCGUAUCUCACGCGUCCGGCGACGCCGCAAUUAAUCUGCGCGGUUUAUGUGUAGAAUUUUUUGUAUUUAAGCGUCUAGAAAUAUAUUAUUAGUUUAAACUUCA